GUGGCCGCCGGCGGGAGCGGCUGUCACGGGCUGAGGGAGAGCAGCGGCGCCGUGGCGGGUGCGAGUCCGCCCGGAGUGAGUCUGGGCUGGCAAUGAAGAGCGGCUCCUGGCGCUGCGGCGGGCUGGGGGUUUUGAGCGCGGGCUGAGCCCCCGCUCAGCUGCGCCUCCCGGCUCAGGCUUCUUCAGUCAGAAGAAUUCUGUGUUACUUAGAAGAGUGCUUCGACGAGGCCACAGGCCAAGAAGAAUGACAGGAACGAGCUAAGUGCGGAAGAGGGACAGGACUGCCGUGCGCGUGACUGUAAGAGACAGAAAAGAAGUGCCUUCAUUAGACGUUUGAAACAAGAUCCUGUCCUUCUAUCCAGGUAGUUAAUGGAAGAAAUCAACAUAUAGCUGUCUUCACAGCAGUUGUCUUCUCAGUGAAUUAACCCGAUUGCUCCUAACCAGUAGAUUUACAUGCAUGGGGCUCUGAAGACUAAAACAUGUCAGAGUGAUGACUUUUUGGUUUCUGCUUAGCCUCCCUUUGGUUGCUGCUAUCCCAGGAGCUGAAAAAGGGUGCCUGAGGACUAACUGGGACAACUGAAAACAUUGACUUACCGUUGUCAGGCCCAAUGGCUUUCCUCUUCCUUGAACUCCUUACCUUGCAGUAAGAUGUCCAGGCUUCUCAUGCUGCUAGAUAUUUCUGAGGCAUUUUCCACACGACAUUCAUAAUCUCUGAAGUCUGAGAAGAAUGGAGUGAGGAGGAAUAGCUUUUAAUUACGCAUUGAUAAUGCCAGAAAAUGAGUAAGCUUGAAAAUGGAGAACAAAUGCGGGUCAAGGACUUGCAUGUCAGAGGGACGUGAGUCGUGCCAGGAUGGAUGGCGUCACUAACCCCCCUAACCUGGGAUGAUCUUUCGGGUGUUUGCACUGGUGAUGUUAUCAGAGCCAGGAGAAGAGACGUGGAACUCUGAGUUUGGGAUCAUAAAAGUUCAUUUUGGAAGUGGAUAUCUGCUCAGAUUGCAAGACUAGCAAGAGUGCUAAGAGCCCAAUUUGGAGGAACCAUGGAAGAAUCCACUCCACCCACUAAACCUGGGGAGGUGAACCCUCACUCUCGUUUCAUCAUUGGUUCUGUGUCAGAGGAUAACUCAGAAGAUGAGACUAGCUCCUUGGUGAAACUUGACCUGCUAGAGGAAAAAGAGAGGUCUUUGUCUCCUGUAUCUGUCUGCUCGGAUUCCCUUUCAGAUCUAGGACUUCCUAAUACUCAAGAUAGCCUGGCAAGUCAUAUGAGGCCCAGUAUGUCUGGUUUACAUCUUGUAAAACAAGGCCGGGACAGGAAGAAAGUUGACCUACAGCGGGAUUUCACUGUGGCUUCUCCAGCAGAGUUUGUUACUCGUUUUGGAGGGAAUAAAGUUAUUGAAAAGGUCCUGAUAGCAAAUAAUGGGAUUGCAGCAGUGAAAUGCAUGAGAUCCAUCCGACGCUGGUCGUAUGAGAUGUUUCGAAAUGAGCGGGCAAUCAGAUUUGUUGUCAUGGUGACUCCUGAGGAUCUGAAAGCAAAUGCAGAGUACAUUAAAAUGGCAGAUCACUACGUCCCCGUUCCAGGAGGGCCAAACAACAACAACUAUGCAAAUGUGGAACUCAUUCUUGAUAUUGCUAAACGGAUUCCAGUGCAGGCUGUAUGGGCUGGCUGGGGCCAUGCCUCUGAGAACCCUAAACUACCAGAACUACUCCACAAAAACGGGAUUGCUUUCAUGGGUCCUCCAAGCCAAGCAAUGUGGGCUUUAGGAGAUAAAAUUGCUUCAUCAAUAGUGGCUCAGACUGCAGGCAUCCCAACUCUUCCUUGGAGUGGCAGUGGUCUUCGAGUGGACUGGCAGGAAAACGAUCUUCAGAAGCGUAUCUUGAAUGUUCCUCAGGAACUAUAUGAAAAAGGUUACGUUAAAGACGUAGAUGAUGGACUGCGGGCUGCUGAGGAGGUUGGUUACCCUGUCAUGAUCAAAGCCUCUGAAGGAGGAGGAGGAAAAGGAAUUAGGAAAGUUAACAAUGCAGAUGACUUCCCCAACCUAUUUAGACAGGUGCAAGCUGAAGUUCCAGGUUCACCAAUCUUUGUAAUGAGACUAGCCAAACAGUCCCGUCAUUUGGAGGUGCAGAUUCUGGCGGAUCAGUAUGGCAAUGCCAUCUCGCUCUUCGGCCGGGAUUGCUCUGUGCAGCGCAGGCACCAGAAGAUUAUUGAGGAAGCCCCUGCUUCUAUUGCGACUUCCGUGGUAUUUGAGCACAUGGAGCAGUGUGCAGUGAAGCUUGCCAAAAUGGUGGGAUAUGUGAGUGCAGGCACUGUGGAAUACCUCUACAGCCAGGAUGGCAGUUUCUACUUUCUGGAGUUGAAUCCUCGACUGCAAGUGGAGCACCCCUGCACGGAGAUGGUAGCUGAUGUUAAUCUGCCUGCAGCACAGCUCCAGAUUGCCAUGGGGAUUCCCCUCCACAGGAUCAAGGAUAUCCGAAUGAUGUAUGGUGUUUCUCCAUGGGGAGAUGUACCUGUUGAUUUUGAGAAUUCGGCCCAUGUUCCCUGUCCACGUGGCCAUGUCAUUGCAGCACGUAUCACCAGUGAGAAUCCCGAUGAGGGAUUUAAGCCCAGUUCUGGUACAGUCCAAGAAUUGAAUUUUCGCAGCAAUAAGAAUGUCUGGGGCUAUUUCAGUGUUGCUGCUGCAGGAGGGCUUCAUGAAUUUGCUGAUUCUCAGUUUGGUCACUGCUUUUCUUGGGGAGAGAAUCGAGAAGAAGCCAUCUCAAACAUGGUGGUGGCUUUGAAGGAGCUGUCCAUCCGAGGGGACUUCCGAACCACUGUUGAGUACUUGAUUAAACUAUUGGAAACAGAAAGCUUCCAGCAAAACCGCAUCGACACUGGCUGGUUGGAUCGGCUCAUUGCUGAGAAAGUGCAGGCGGAAAGGCCAGAUACCAUCCUAGGAGUGGUGUGUGGGGCUCUGCAUGUGGCUGAUGUGAGCUUCCGAAACAGUGUCUCCAACUUCCUACACUCUUUGGAAAGGGGCCAAGUCCUGCCUGCUCAUACCCUGCUAAAUACUGUGGAUGUGGAACUCAUCUAUGAAGGACGGAAGUAUGUGCUGAAGGUGACCCGGCAGUCUCCCAAUUCCUAUGUGGUCAUCAUGAACAGCUCCUGUGUGGAAGUUGAUGUGCACCGACUGAGUGAUGGAGGACUUCUCUUAUCUUAUGACGGCAGCAGCUAUACUACCUACAUGAAAGAAGAAGUGGACAGGUACCGCAUCACUAUAGGUAACAAGACCUGUGUGUUUGAAAAGGAGAAUGAUCCAUCUAUACUGCGCUCACCUUCAGCUGGGAAGCUUAUUCAGUAUGUUGUGGAGGAUGGGGGACAUGUGUUCGCAGGCCAAUGCUUUGCAGAAAUAGAGGUGAUGAAGAUGGUGAUGACACUAACAGCAGGAGAAUCCGGCUGCAUCCAUUAUGUCAAACGCCCUGGAGCAGUGCUGGAUCCAGGCUGUGUCAUUGCCAAGCUCCAGCUGGAUGAUCCCAGCAGGGUUCAGCAGGCUGAGCUGCACACUGGUGCCUUGCCGCAGAUCCAGAGCACAGCACUUCGAGGCGAGAAACUCCAUCGCGUUUUCCAUUAUGUCCUAGAUAACCUGGUCAAUGUGAUGAAUGGAUACUGCCUGCCAGAGCCCUACUUCAGCAGCAAGGUGAAAGGCUGGGUUGAGCGGCUCAUGAAGACACUGAGAGAUCCAUCUUUGCCUCUUCUGGAACUUCAGGACAUCAUGACCAGUGUUUCUGGACGAAUACCACCCAAUGUGGAGAAGUCCAUCAAGAAGGAGAUGGCCCAGUAUGCCAGCAACAUCACAUCAGUCCUUUGCCAGUUUCCCAGCCAACAGAUUGCAAAUAUCUUGGAUAGCCAUGCAGCCACCUUAAACCGCAAAUCAGAGCGUGAGGUCUUCUUCAUGAACACCCAGAGCAUUGUGCAGCUUGUACAGAGGUACCGGAGUGGUAUUCGGGGUCACAUGAAGGCAGUGGUGAUGGAUCUGCUCCGUCAGUACUUAAAGGUGGAGACUCAGUUUCAGCAUGGUCAUUAUGACAAGUGUGUCUUUGCCCUUCGGGAAGAGAAUAAAAGUGACAUGAAUGCUGUUUUGAACUACAUCUUCUCACAUGCUCAGGUCACCAAGAAGAACCUGCUUGUUACAAUGCUCAUUGACCAGCUAUGUGGCCGUGACCCCACCUUGACAGAUGAGCUGAUUAAUAUUCUGACAGAGCUGACCCAGCUCAGCAAGACAACCAAUGCUAAAGUGGCCCUGCGAGCACGGCAGGUUCUCAUUGCUUCCCAUUUGCCAUCCUACGAGCUGCGUCACAACCAGGUGGAAUCCAUCUUCCUGUCCGCCAUUGACAUGUAUGGACACCAGUUCUGCAUUGAGAACCUGCAGAAACUCAUUUUGUCUGAGACAUCCAUCUUUGAUGUGCUGCCCAACUUCUUCUACCACAGUAACCAGGUGGUAAGAAUGGCAGCUUUGGAGGUGUAUGUUCGAAGGGCAUACAUUGCCUAUGAGUUAAACAGUGUUCAGCAUCGCCAGCUGAAGGAUAAUACUUGUGUGGUGGAGUUCCAAUUCAUGCUACCUACCUCCCAUCCAAACAGAGGGAACAUCCCCACGCUAAACAGAAUGUCCUUCUCUUCCAAUCUCAAUCACUAUGGAAUGGUCCAUGUAGCUAGCGUGAGUGAUGUACUGCUAGACAAUUCGUUCACUCCACCAUGCCAGCGGAUGGGUGGAAUGGUCUCCUUCCGCACGUUCGAAGAUUUUGUCAGAAUCUUUGAUGAAGUGAUGAGUUGCUUCUGUGACUCUCCUCCCCAGAGCCCAACCUUCCCUGAAGCUGGUCAUGCUUCCUUGUAUGAUGAAGAAAAGACUGCUCGUGAGGAGCCCAUUCACAUCCUUAAUGUUGCUAUUAAAACUGACAGUGACGUUGAUGAUGAUGGGCUAGCAGCCAUGUUCAGAGAAUUCACGCAAAGCAAGAAAUCGGUCCUGAUUGAACAUGGGAUUCGGAGGCUGACUUUUCUUGUAGCACAAAAGGACUUCAGGAAACAGGUCAACUAUGAGGUCGAUCAGAGAUUUCAUAGGGAAUUUCCAAAAUUUUUCACGUUCCGUGCCAGGGAUAAGUUUGAGGAAGAUCGGAUCUACCGUCAUCUGGAGCCGGCUCUGGCUUUUCAGCUAGAAUUGAACCGGAUGCGAAACUUUGAUCUCACUGCCAUUCCAUGUGCCAAUCAUAAAAUGCAUCUCUACCUGGGAGCAGCUAAAGUUGAAGUAGGAACAGAAGUGACAGACUACAGGUUCUUCGUGAGGGCAAUUAUAAGGCAUUCAGACCUGGUUACCAAGGAAGCCUCCUUUGAGUAUCUGCAAAAUGAGGGAGAGCGAUUGCUUUUGGAAGCCAUGGAUGAAUUGGAGGUGGCUUUUAAUAACACCAACGUGCGCACUGACUGCAAUCACAUCUUCUUAAACUUUGUGCCUACUGUCAUCAUGGACCCAUCUAAGAUUGAAGAAUCUGUGCGAAGCAUGGUGAUGCGCUACGGGAGUCGCCUGUGGAAACUCCGUGUCCUCCAAGCUGAACUGAAAAUCAACAUUCGUUUGACGCCAACUGGAAAAGCGAUUCCCAUUCGUCUCUUCUUGACCAAUGAAUCUGGCUAUUAUUUGGACAUUAGUCUGUACAAAGAAGUGACAGACUCAAGAACAGGACAGAUUAUGUUCCAAGCAUAUGGGGAUAAACAGGGACCACUUCAUGGGAUGCUGAUCAACACCCCCUAUGUGACCAAAGAUCUACUUCAGUCCAAGAGAUUCCAGGCACAGUCUUUAGGGACAUCAUAUGUCUAUGACAUUCCCGAGAUGUUUCGGCAGUCUUUGAUUAAGCUCUGGGAUUCUAUGAAUGAACACACAUUUCUGCCCACGCCACCUCUGCCAUCAGACAUACUAACGUACACUGAACUGGUCUUGGAUGAUCAGGGCCAGCUGGUGCACAUGAAUAGGCUGCCAGGAGGAAAUGAGAUUGGGAUGGUGGCCUGGAAGAUGACUCUCAAAACUCCUGAAUAUCCAGAAGGCCGUGAUAUCAUUGUCAUUGGCAAUGACAUUACAUACCGAAUAGGUUCUUUUGGGCCUCAAGAGGAUGUGCUGUUCCUGAGGGCUUCCGAGCUUGCUCGGACACAUGGUAUUCCCCGUAUCUAUGUGGCUGCUAAUAGUGGAGCCAGGAUUGGUUUGGCUGAGGAGAUUCGGCACAUGUUCCAUGUUGCCUGGGAAGACCCGGAUGACCCAUACAAAGGAUACAAAUACUUGUACCUGACUCCUCAAGACUAUAAGAAAGUCAGUGCCCUGAACUCAGUUCAUUGUGAGCAUGUGGAGGACAGUGGAGAGUCCAGGUAUAAGAUAACAGAUAUUAUCGGAAAGGAAGACGGACUUGGAAUAGAGAACCUCAGAGGAUCUGGCAUGAUUGCUGGAGAAUCAUCUUUAGCCUAUGAGAGUAUUAUCACCAUCAAUCUGGUUACAUGUCGGGCAAUUGGAAUUGGGGCUUACCUUGUUCGACUAGGGCAGAGGACUAUCCAGGUUGAGAACUCGCACAUAAUCCUGACCGGCUGUGGAGCCCUCAAUAAAGUGCUUGGACGGGAAGUUUAUACCUCCAACAACCAGCUGGGCGGGAUCCAGAUAAUGCACAACAACGGCGUGACGCAUGGCACUGUGUGUGACGAUUUUGAAGGAGUCUACACUAUUCUGCAGUGGCUCUCCUACAUGCCAAAGAGCGUGUACAGCCCUGUUCCUAUCCUCAAAGUCAAGGAUCCAAUAGACAGAACCAUAGACUUUUUUCCUACGAAGACUCCCUAUGAUCCCCGCUGGAUGCUGGCUGGACGCCCAAACCCAAGUCAAAAAGGCCAAUGGCUAAGUGGUUUCUUUGACAAUGGCUCAUUCCUGGAGAUCAUGCAGCCCUGGGCACAGACAGUUGUGGUUGGUAGAGCCAGGCUGGGAGGAAUACCUGUAGGAGUAGUUGCCGUAGAAACAAGAACUGUGGAACUAACUAUCCCUGCUGAUCCUGCAAACCUGGACUCUGAGGCCAAGAUAAUCCAACAGGCUGGCCAGGUGUGGUUCCCUGACUCUGCCUUUAAGACUGCCCAGGCUAUCAAUGAUUUUAACAGAGAAGGACUGCCUCUAAUGGUCUUUGCGAAUUGGAGAGGUUUCUCUGGUGGAAUGAAAGACAUGUAUGACCAAGUGCUGAAGUUUGGUGCCUACAUUGUGGACGGCCUGAGAGAGUAUCGUCAGCCAGUGCUUAUUUAUAUCCCGCCACAAGCGGAGCUGAGAGGAGGGUCCUGGGCUGUGAUUGAUCCUACCAUUAAUCCUCGUCACAUGGAGAUGUACGCAGACCGAGAGAGCAGAGGAGGAAUCCUGGAACCAGAAGGGACAGUAGAAAUCAAAUUCCGCAGGAAAGAUCUGGUGAAGACAAUGAGGCGAGUGGACCCCAUCUACAUGCAUCUGGCGGAGCGACUAGGUACGCCUGAGCUAAGCCCUACUGAUCGAAAAGAGCUGGAGACCAAGCUGAAGGAACGGGAGGAGUUCCUCAUUCCCAUUUACCACCAGGUAGCCAUGCAGUUUGCUGACUUGCACGACACACCAGGCCGGAUGCAGGAGAAGGGUGCCAUUACUGACAUUCUAGAUUGGAAAACUUCCCGUACUUUCUUCUACUGGAGAUUAAGACGUCUUCUGCUAGAAGAUGUGGUCAAGAAGAAGAUUCAUGAUGCUAAUCCUGAGCUGACGGAUGGGCAAAUCCAGGCUAUGCUGAGACGCUGGUUUGUGGAAGUCGAAGGGACAGUAAAGGCAUACCUAUGGGACAGCAACAAGGACCUAGUAGAGUGGCUGGAAAAACAGCUCACAGAAGAAGAAGGCGUUCGCUCUGUUGUGGAUGAAAACAUCAAAUACAUCUCAAGGGACUACAUACUUAAACAGAUACGGAGCUUGGUCCAGGCCAACCCGGAGGUUGCCAUGGAUUCGAUUGUGCACAUGACCCAGCACAUAUCGCCCACGCAGCGGGCGGAGAUCGUGCGGAUUCUCUCCACGAUGGACUCGCCUUCUUCAACGUAAGAGCAUCGACUGCCCGCGCGCUCCCCCUGCCCGGUACGGCGGAGGGAAAGAGAGCGAGUGCAGAAUUGCCCUUUGUCUGCUCGACUGCGGCCACUGUACCGAGACGGGGAGGCUCGGGGAAAUGCUGCAAGAAUGACUUUUUUAUUUUUUCAAAUCAGACUGACCAGAGGAAGUGUGUUCUUUGGCCAGAGACACGAGGAAAACGUAUAAACACAAGCGCCUGCGGAAUCGAGUCACAGCUGUCUAACGGUACCUUAUUUAUUUAACAAAGCGUGACUGGACCGAUGCGUCAGGUGGCUGUUGUCCGAAAGCGCAGCAGCCAGGCGAUGAAGGGUACCACGUACCGUGAGGCCUGGGCGCCGCGGAGCGAGGGCGCUGCCUCGGGCGCUGCCUCGGGCGCUGCCUCGGGCGCCUCUUCACGCUCGGCCAGGACGCGGCAGCUUUGUGCUGACAAGUGCCAACGUUACAGCCCGCGAGAGCGCCGGUUGCGGGCGCGGGAGGACGAGCUCUGCCUUCGCGGCGCGGUGGGAACACCUCGCUCCCCCCCGGAUUUGGGGACUCCGACUCCGGGUCAGCCCGCUUGUCUCUGUCGGCCAGUGGCGGUUUGUGUUGCAGACUCUGUCUUGGUCCUUGCGAGCAGGAGAAGGAGCAGUGAAGCCUGCGAGGGCGGCCGCAGCCUGGGCGCGGGGCAGGCUGCUGCGGCGCCGGGCGGAGGUGCUCCCCACCAGCCGGGGAGCGGGGCAGGGGCAGCGGUUCUGAACUGAAACCCAGCUCGUUUGGCCCUUGUGCCUGCUGUGUUGGGUUGCUUUAGAACAGUGAAGCAAGCUGGGUGACAAGCCCUGCUGGGAGGAGGUGAGCCAGGAGACCGCAGCGGACCCGUUAGCCAUUUCUGCUCUUCCCCCCGUUGAUUUUGAGGGGCCAGUUCUGCCUGUGACAGUCCUGGGGUGGCCCCACCGUUGCACGUGCAUCAGUUAAGCGCUAGUUCCUCCCACGUGAAUAGUUAACUGAAGCAGAAAGCAGAUACAACCUGCCAGGGCCAGGCGGGGGAAGGACGGUUUCACGUACACAGGUGGGGUUAGAAUUGCAAAAGGAGCAGCGGAGCUUUCCUGGUGCCCACCUCUCCCUCGUAGCUGUUGGAGAGGGCUCCUGGGGCCUCCCGCCGCCCUGGCGCGCGGCCCGGGAAGGGAGACACGACUGUAGGAAAAGCUGGGGUUGGUGAUGGCCUUCCCGAGCGCCGACGGGCGCUUCCGCCCGUUCCGGUGGUCGCUUUGGCAGUCUGUCAGGGGUAGCUGUCUCCGAUCGGUGCUCGGCAGGUCGGCAAGGAGCCAGCACUGAGCCAGGCGGCCUCAGUGGAGGUGGUGGCAGCAGCGCAGGAGAGCGCCACGGGCACCGACCCCACGCCAGUCCUUGGCUUGUUCCUACGCUUCUCAACUUCGGGGGCCUCCUGACCAUUAUAAGAGAUCUGAUAAGCAGGAGCUCUGGAGGGAGGCACAACCAGCCCAACCUUAUUUUUAAGAGUAAGUAGAUACUGUUACAGAGCUCUGUAUUGGAGAACUUACCCCAAGGAUUGUCUUUAAAGUAUUUCAGAUUUUACAGUUCCUCCUUUUAGUAUAGCUCCUUAACAGAAGCGAUAUUUUUACAAGAAAAUUGCCUGUGAUGCCAGUACUCAUACCUGUACUGUUUCCAUCUGAAGGGCAGCACAUCCCUUCUGGGCACGCGGAGCCGAGGCUCUGGCAAAACCAAGGGGCAGCACCCUGCGUGCUCUCUUCCUCCAGAGACGAGCACCAGCGGGACGCCUCUGCCCACGCUCAGUGGAGGUGUGUAAUCCGAGGAACUAGCUUUUUCUUAAAUACUAAGAACCCUCAUUUGAUUUGGAAGACUGUCUUUUCCCCUAGAGCCCCUGAACAAACCCCAGAGAUGCUUCCACUUAGGCCAGUCUGGGCUGAGCAGGACACAGGUCCAGCAGGGAGGGCUGAGCGGGGGUGAGUGCGCACAGGCGGGUCCGACUGACGGAUGCGCUCGGGACCGCUGUGAGCUCACGCUGCGCGGGCGUCCGGCUGGGCUCCUCCGCUGCUGCCACCAGGACUUUGCAUCGCGUUGCCGUAGAUCGAGCUCUUACUAAGGAUGUCGGCAAGCGUUGCAGGAGCUGCUGUAGGUGCCAAAGUCACCCUGGGGGGGGCCCAGGAGGGCGCCCUGCUGCCUUCUGCUUCCAGCACAGCAUGGCCGGGCACGUGCCGGAGGGACACAGAGCAGAGCGGGGGCACUGGGUCAGGCUUCACUUAAAUUUUGGGUAAAGUAACUCCAACCAAAAGCCAUUAGGUAUCGCUGGAGCUGGUGCAAUGGCUGGCGCUAACCGUGAGGGCGGUGCGGGCAUCCAGGUUUACGUGAGCGCUGGGGCCGCUGGCGGGGCGCCGGCCCCAGCCGCGAGCGCGGGCACCGCAGACGGGCCGCACAGGGGCGGAGGGGGCAGGAGGAACCCGCUGCGCUACGUACACCUCUCGCCGGUGCUGAAGUGUUUCACUUACCUCAGUUUCUUUUAAUAAAAAGAACCAAUUCCA